UUCCCUCCUAGCCAGCACCAAUCCAAGCUCAGAUCACCAUUUUUGAUUUUUCUUCCUCCGCUUAGCCACCUCUCUUCGGCCCUCCUCCUCCCUCCAAGGCUGAGAACCAAUGGCCUUCGGCCUCGCCAAAUCCCACAUCAUUUUUCUCACCUUCUUCACUCUAAUCCUUCUUGUUCAAUCAAAGCUGAGUCUUGACAAAUCAGACUAUGAAGCAAUCUCGAUCAUUCAAAAAGACUUGGGCAUUCAUGGUCAACGCCGUGGCCUAGAGUGUCCCUGCAACUCUGCUGGGAUAUCCUGCGAACGGCGAAUCUCAAACAGUUCAGUUGUGCUUAAAGUCACACGAAUUGUUUUUAAGUCUGAGCAGUUGAGGGGAGUUUUGUCUCCUGCAAUUGGUAGACUUUCUGAGCUCAAAGAGCUGUCACUGCCGAACAACAAACUUCUUGAUCAAAUCCCACCUCAGAUUGUCAACUGUCGAAAGCUUCAAGUUCUAGACUUGCGAAACAAUCGACUUUCGGGCAAAGUUCCAACGGAGUUAUCGUCCUUGAUUCAGCUUCGGGUUCUUGAUCUCUCUUCUAAUCAGCUUUCAGGAAACUUGAGAUUCUUGAAACAUUUUCCUAACUUGGAAAAGCUUUCUCUGGCAGAUAAUUUGUUUGUUGGGAAAAUCCCUCCGUCUUUGAGAUCUUUUCGGAAUCUUCGGUUCUUGAAUAUUUCCGGAAACAAUUUACUGGAAGGUCCUAUCCCCGUUCCGAAUCAAAAUGGAGAUGAUUCCUUAUCAGAGUCCACAGAAGUUAAUAUUGUCCCAAGACGAUAUAUUUUUGCUGAAAAUUCAUCAAGGAGUAACAAGACCUCAGCAGUAGCACCCGCAAUAGCACCAGGGGUGGGCUCAAAUCAAAACUUAACUCAAGCUCCAUCACCAUCCACAACCGCGGGGGUCCACAAACAUCAUAAGAAGGCUAAAAAGAAGAUUGGAGCUUGGAUUGUUGGGUUUUUUGCUGGAACUGUUGCAGGAAGUAUAUCAGGGUUCGUGGCAUCUGUGGUUUUUAAGAUGUUGAAGUUCUGGAUUCAAGGAGGGGAUAAGGACACAAGUCUGGCAAUUUUCAGUCCAAUCAUUAAGAGAGCUGAGGACUUGGCUUUCUUGCAAAACGAAGAAGGAAUUGCAAGACUUGAAGUCAUUGGUAGAGGAGGAUGUGGAGAAGUAUACAAAGCUGAGUUACCUGGAAGCAAUGGUAAGGUGAUUGCCAUUAAGAAGAUAAUUCAACCCCCCAGAGAUGCUGCGGAGCUCGCCGAAGAGGAGAGCAAGGCCUUGCAUAAGAAAAUGCGCCAGAUCAAAUCAGAAAUUCAGACUGUGGGUCAAAUCAGGCACAGGAAUCUACUUCCUCUUUUAGCCCAUAUGCCGCGGCCUGACUGCCAUUACCUUGUGUAUGAAUUCAUGAAAAAUGGUAGCUUACAAGAUAUGCUGCAAAAAGUUGCAGCUGGGGAGAAUGAACUAGAUUGGCUGUCCAGGCACAGAAUUGCUUUAGGGAUUGCAGCCGGGCUUGAAUAUCUCCAUGUGAAUCAUACUCCACGUAUAAUUCAUAGGGAUCUCAAGCCUGCAAACGUUCUUCUUGAUGAUGACAUGGAAGCUCGAAUUGCUGAUUUCGGGCUGGCAAAAGCAAUGCCAGAAGCUUACACGCAUGUUACAUCUUCAAAUGUGGUGGGAACCUUGGGAUAUAUUGCACCAGAGUAUCAUCAAACACUCAAGUUCACAGACAAGUGUGACAUCUACAGCUUUGGUGUCCUGCUGGCUUCUUUGGUGAUGGGAAAACUCCCAUCAGAUGAAUUUUUCCAGGAGACAGAUGAAAUGAAUCUAGUGCAUUGGAUGAGGAAUGUCAUGACCUCAGAGGAUCCAAAGAGGGCAAUCGAUCCUAAGCUCUUGGGCAAUGGAUACGAGGAGCAAAUGCUUUUAGUCCUCAAGAUUGCUUGCUUUUGCACAUUGGAAAAUCCCAAAGAGAGGCCUAAUAGCAUAGAUAUUAGAGCUAUGUUAUUUCAAAUAAAGUAUGAGAAACGUUAAGUCAUGUAAUUAUGAAUCUAUGAGUUGCACUGUCCAAAGUGCAACACAUUUUGAUAUUGAUAAUAGGAUAUUGUGUGCAAGUGUAUCAAGCUUUUUGUGAUGGAAGAUUACCAACUUGACUUUUUUA